CGUACUCUGAUGACUGAUUUGCAAGUCACUCACGACACUACUUCGCUUCACGAUGUGUUUCUCAUCCAAAAGGGAGUUCAAAAGCUGUACUCUUGCCUCGGCCAGUCGUCACCAAUUCUACGAGGACAUCAAGUGUGAUGCUCAGAAAGACAUUACUCGAAUUGCUCGCGAAGGAGGGGACUUGACUGCCGAUAUCUGGUGUUCCCGGGUCAACACUAAUGAAAACCCGCAUUAUGAGCUCGUAUCUCUGCAAUUUAAAACCAAAAACUCGAUUAUCUGUCCUACCUGUACCGGUGUCCAUCCUAUCUUGUAAUCGGCCUCAUCAUGUACUAUUUGAGUCUACUGCUGGUUUCCUCUCAGCUAUGUGCUUUCCAGAUAAAUGCUGACAAAUUCUGUUGUUGUCUUCGGUCCUACUGUGAGAGGUUGUCUCGCACACAAAGAUCCGAAAUAUCAUCUCAAGCCAUCUUUCUCGUCU